CAAUAUUUUUGUAACUAUCAAAGAAAGCAAAGAGCUGAGUGUCAAGGAAGAUUGAAUAACUAUAAAUGUUGUUUUUAAGGAAGUGUUUGAAGGAAUAUUGUUUGCAACUUCAAUGGCAUUAUUUUUUUUGAUAUUUGAAGUAAGGGCAAUUUUAACAUGGCUGAUUCAGUUUUGUCAAUUUGUUGGAAUGAACACGCCAGUGAACUUGCAACGGUUUAUAAAAGGUUGUUGGAGAGCAAUUUUUUGGUUGAUUGCACUAUAUCUGCUGAAGGUCAGAACCUGAAAGCUCAUAGGCUGGUUUUAUCUGCAAGCAGUCCUUACUUUCAUGAGCUGAAGGGCUCCCGCUGGAGAACGACCUGGCAACGCCGCAGCGGAGUGGAGUGCGGCUGUGGGGUCGUGUGGCGCGGGAGAGCACGGCGCCACUGCAGCUGCCCGAGGGUCGGGGCGAAGAGCCCCUCCCGAGCGCCAAGGGCCGCAAGGCGCUUGCGUCGUCCAACAGCCUCGCCCGCCUCGAGCCCUCUCACCACAGAAAGCACAGCUGCGACGUUUUGCGGAGCUUCCUUCAUCCAGCGCUGCCAUCUUGUAGCUCACAGUCGCACGCACACGGGAGAGCGCCCUUACAGAUGCAACGUGUGUGGUAAACUAUUCGUUCAAUCGGGGACCCUCUCCAAGCACUAUCGCACGCACAUGGGAGAGCGGCCGUUUCAUUGCGACGUGUGUGGUAAAAGAUUCGCCGAAUCGGGUACCCUCAGCAUACACUACCGGACGCACACGGGAGAGCGACCGUUCACAUGCGACGUUUGCGGAGUUUCCUUCGCUCACCGCUCUAGGCUCGUCACUCACAUUCGCAAGCACACGGGAGAGCGACUGUUUCGUUGUGACGUCUGUGGUAAACGAUUCGCCAAUUCAGGUACCCUCUCUAAUCACUAUCGCACGCACACAGAACGGCUGUUCUCUUGCGAAGUUUGCGGAGUGUCCUUCACUCGGCGCGCCCUUCUCGUCGCUCACAAACGCACCCAUACGGGAGGACGACCGUAAGGCUGACAUUUGCGGAAAGGUUUCACUAGUUCCAAUGGAUAUCACAAGCAGGGACGUGAGGAAAAGGUCAGGUGAUGGCUGCAACAGCUGGUAACCAAAGCAAGUAGUAUUAUUAAAGAAGGAAUUCAGAAUUGUAGUUAAAAAGGGUCAUUGUUUGUGAAUAUCUAUUAAUUUAAGCUGUGACUUCGUAGUCCAAAACCAUUUAUGAACGCGAUGUUCGCGUUCGUUCCUGUGCUUAUACCUUGUUCAAAUAUGUUAUUGUUUAUUGAAGAAUAUAUUUUUGUCCCACAUUUCAACAACUUGAAUUCAUUGUUGUGCGAUUGUGCGUAGUACCCUGAAAUGAACUCGACCGGCCUGAAAACGGAUCGCCAGUGUAGACGCCGAGCGUUGGAGGUAACACCCGCACUGAAGGAAUUUCACUGUGGGGUAA